AUGCUCGAGCGGUACCUCUCCCCGCUUCUUACACAUUAUGUGAAAAAGUACAUUCGUAACAUCAAAGCCUCUGACCUCCGACUCUCGCUGUGGGGAGGUGAUGUCCUCCUGCGCAACUUGGACAUGCGAACAGCUGCGCUCAAUGCAGAGCUUGGUCUUCCAUUUGUAUUUGUUUCAGGAGUCAUUCCUCUUCUUCGGAUACACAUUCCUUGGACAGCUCUUACUUCAGAACCGGUCACAAUCACUCUAUCGGCUCCUCAUCUGGUCUUCUCCUCACGUGCUGCUGCUGCUGCUGCUGCUGCUGCUGCUGCCGCCGAAUCAGAGUCAGCGUCAGAGGCUACCACAUCGCUCACUGCUGAUGAUGGCGAUGCUGCUGCUGCUGCUGCGGCGGCGGCUGCUGCGGCUGUUGCGGCAGGUGGCUCAGGAGCAGACACUGCAGCUGAUGCCGAGCCGCAAACCGAGAAUCCGGCCGAUGAUCCGGGAUGGCUCGGCUCCAUUCUCGCCGGCAUUGUCAACAACAUCGCGGUAGUGGUCACCGAUGCCGUUGUGGUCAUCGCUGAGGAGCACGCCUCGGCUAUCUUUGACAUCGAAAGGCUCUCGUUCAAUGCCUGCUCGCCGGCGUGGGACCACGCCUUCGUCCAUCCGCUCGGCCCUACCAAGGCUCUGCACCAACACCUUGUCGUGACCGGCACCACGCUCUCGCUCCUUCCCACCUCGUCCGCCGCGGCGGAUCUCCUCGGUCUGCCGCCGCUCUCCAAGCUUGGCGUGUCCAGCUACGAGCCGGUCGCUAUCGGUUCCGGCCUCGGCUUUGAGCUCCGCAUCCGCAAGCACAUAGACCCGUCGCCGCUCCCACACCUCCCUCCGCUCGAGCUCGACUUUCUCAUCCGUGCCUUCCAUCUCGACGUCACCGAUGCCACCCUCGAGCUCUUUGUUGCAGUAAUGACGAGUUGUUUUGCGCCUGCGCCACCGCCGCCAUCCCCGCCGGGCCAGCCGCCACCGUCGCCGCCGGGCCAGCCGCCGCCGUCGCCGCCGUCCAACCACGCUCCUGCAUCACCGUCGCCGACAUUGCCGCCGGCGGCGGCGGCGGCGGCCGUGCCGUCACCAGCGCCCGGCGGAUGGUUCUCGUGGGCCACCGCGCUCAUCGGCGACGAUCCAACCUCGCUUGAUGAUGGCGGCGAGCUGUUCGACGACACCGCGACCCUAGAGCCGGCAUCACCGCCACCUUUGGCCCUCGCCGACAUGCUCAGCCUCGGCACUAUCAUUGGCGUCUUUGUCGACGAGGCCUCGCUGACUGUCGGCCUUGCGACGGCCGACAAGCACGGUGCAGCUGACGCCUCUCCGCUCAUGGUCCUUGAGCUCGCCGGCGUCAAGUACCAGGCCCUGGGAUGGGCCGGCGUCGAGCUCGGCGCUGAUGCCGUGUUUGGCAUCCAGCGCGCAAGCCUGCACUAUGCGCCCGGCGAGACGUGCAUUGCCUAUCUCGGGCCGCACUCGGACGAGCCGCGGCACCCGGGUCUUCUUGAUCACUCGCUCUUUGCAGCCUCCGACGCGUCGGCCCCCUCUGCACUGUACUCUGGCAUCAACCGGGUUGAGCGGUCGGCGUCGCCGCGGAUGCUUGCUCUGCUUGAAGCGGCGGCGCAGACACUCCCGCCGCCGCUACCCUCGUCGGCCGCCUAUCUCCUUGACGAAGCCGUCUUUCCGGCGCUCUUUCUCGUCUCGCGCUCGGUUGCGCCGCCGGCCGCCGCCCUGCCCGGCGGCCGAGCUGCGCUCAUCGACUCACCCGACGAGCUGCCCAUCGCUUCGGAGCUCACGCUCCUGGUCGGUCAUAUCCAGGUUCUGCUCCUUCCGCACGCGCUCGACACACUCGUCUGGCUCUUCACUCCGACACUACCGCCGACACUCCUGCCAGCGUCCUCGUCACCGCAUUGUGAUGAGGAGCCUUUGGCGGAUGAUGACGUUGCACACACAGCCGACUCGCUCCGCGACAAACUGCUCGAUGUAUGGACGUCAGUGCCGCCGGCGUUGCUUGACAUCCGGGUCAACGGCGCCCGGCCCCACGGCGGCGUUGUUCUCGGCCCGCUCAUCCGGUGCGAGCUCGACCUCCUCACCGUCACCAAUCACGAGUCGUUCCUCCCCCUGCAGCCGCUCUCGUACACGGCCGCAACCUGGAGCACAGCGCCGGACGCGGUGGCCUCUGCGCCGUCGCCGCGGCCGGCCUCGGGCCUUCCUACGCCGCGAGGCUCCUCACUCGACCUGGCUCGCCUCGCCGUCGCCUCGUCCGAGCUCUCCGAGGCCGGGGCCCAGGCCGCCGCCGCCGCUGCCAUGGCCCGCGUCUCGUCGCUCGCCUCGAUCACCUCGCCCUUUGGCUCGGCUGCCACCGCCAUGGACGAGCUCGCCGGGGAUACUGUUGAGCGGUACCUGUACAACUCAAUGACCUUUGCGCUCCACGCCGGAACCGUUGGCCUCGUCGCCUCGGCGCCCGCCUCGGCACCUGCCGGCGUCGGCGUUGCCGCCUCACAUGCGCCGUUCACCAGCCUCACGCCUCAGCCUGUCGAUGCCAGCUGCGUCCUCAAGACCGCGCUUGUCGACCCGCGUCCAGACUGCGGCGAGCUGCCGGAUGCCUGGGAGCUCGUCUUUCCCUCGUUCUCGGUCAACCUUGCCCUGCCCGCUCUCCGCAUCGAGCUCUCGCCCGGCGCCGCCGCUGCUCUCGCCUGGCUCUUUUCCGAGGACCUUGUUCCGAUGUACUGGCCGACAGCGCCGCCAAGCGAGCCCGUCGCCGUCCUACCACCCGAGUUCUGGCACUCUGUUCUUGCGCCAGACGCCCCGGGCUACGUCCUCGAGCUUGUGCUCGAAGAGCUCCGCUGUGGUUACCACGACAAGGGCGCGGCUGCCACUGUGGUUGAAGUCUACCUUCGCUCAGCCGAAGUCGCGGCCUCGCUCCGUGGCACACAUUCGCACUGCAGCGCGUGCCGCGAGACAAACGAGGUCGUUGUGCUCCUCUCGUCGACGCCGCCGGCGCAUGCUGCACCGGAGGCGGCCUCCGGGCGUGAGCGAAGCCACGACCCAGCAUCGCACUACGCCCAGCCGUACGUUGCCGCUGCCAUGGUCCAGAUUCCGUGGGUCCCGGGCUGCAUGGCGCUGCGGCCGAUGGCAGUUGCCCGCCUUGCUCGCCUCCAUCUGCUGUGGGACCCUGUGGUCUCGGUCUGGCACGAUCACGUCUCUGCUCUCCUCGCUGCGCUUGUCCCGCUCCCGCAUGCUGCGGCUUCAGCGCUCUCGCUCGCGGCCACCGCCGGCCUCGGACCACUCCUGGCCGAGCUCUCGGCCUCGCCGCUUGUCGCUGCGCCGACAGAUGACGCCGCUGCCGGCAGCGGGGCCUGCCAUCUUGUCCGGACCCCGGCUCACACUUCGAUUGCUGCCUGGCGCACUGCGGCCGCCGACGCCGCGGCCGCGGCUCUCGCCUCGGUCACGGCCGGCACUGCGCCUGAGCGGCUCGAGGACAUGAUCCACCUCCAUUGGUCGUCGGUUGCCGCGCUUGGUCUCUACCUUCAUCUGCAGGCACCUGCCCUCUACCUGCCGGCGACCCACACCCACAGCUGCAUCAAGGGCUACUCGCCGACGACGCUGGUGGUCCAGCUCCCGCAGCUUGUCGUCCAGCCACAGUACCACCAGCUCUCGGUCCCGCUCGCCGCCAUUCCGCCGGGCUCGUGGCUCACCUCGCUGCCGCUGGCCUCGUUCCCAGUCCGCGGCCCACGCCUUGGCCCGCGGCCGGACGAGCUCGCCACGUUGCCCUGGGCGCUCGAAGUCUCGCGGCUCGAGGUCUACUCGCUCGUGGCACCGCCGUCGUCGCCCGAGCUCGCCACUCACCCGCUCACCAUUCUCUCCGGCUACAGGGUCACCGGCUCGCUUGGCAUUUCUGCCGAUGCCAAGUACGGGCUCGCCCUCGCGGUCGACGUCGCUCCGGUCUCGGUCAGCAUCACUCAUGAGCAGCUCCUUGUCCUCGCUGCCUUUUCCGCCGAGUCACUCGCCGAGCUUGCACCGCAACGCCACGCUGUCCCGCCGGUUGCCUACGACCUGGAUGCACCAGUCACGGCCCUCCUCGCUUCGCUCGACGUCGAGACCGGGACGCUUCUGCCGAUGACGCUCCUCACUGCCGCCGCCGCCUCGCACGUAGGCUCGCCGCGGACCGGCACGGCCGCGCUCCUCGAGCUCCUCGGCUCGGCUGGCUAUGUGCCUCGCGACGUGCGCUCGCGCUCCAAUUCGUCCGACGAGCUCUCGUCGGGCGUCCAGACGCCGACGUCGAUGAUGGCCUUUGGCAUGUCUGCCGCCCAGCUGUUGGCGUCGCUCGCCGACUCGUCGCGCGCCCGCGCCGCCGCCGCGUCGACAGCCGACCAAACAGCUGCCCAGCUCCGGAGUGAGACCCCGGUCUCGCUCUCGGCCCACAUCGACUUGCCGUCGGUCGUUGUCACCAUCGGCAUGCCACCGGCCACCGCGGGCUCGCCGCUCAUGCUCGAGCUAGUCUCUGCCGCUGUCGACAUCGAGCUCGAGUCACGGUUUCUCUCGCUGGCGUACAGCCACUCCCGCCUCUGGCUUGCGCUCAAAGACAGCUCGCACGACCCGCUGCUCAAGAUUGCCCUCCCGGACGCGCUGCUGCAGUGGCGCGGCUCGGUCGACGCCCACUCGUCAGCAGGCUUGGAUCCGCGCCCGGCCGACUCACUCGGCGCGUCGGUGGUCAACCUCGCGCCGCACCGCUACGACAUUGAGCUUGGCCAGACCUCGGUCCACCUCGUUCCUGCGGCCCUGGUUGAGUGCACCGUGGCGCUCGGCGACGCGCUGCGGGCGCGCGGACCGCAGCGCGGCAGCGCCGCCGCGGCCGUGGCGGCUGGCGUGGUGGUCGACGACGAUCACGUCGCGGCGGUGCUCGUACCAGCUGUUGUCCGCGACGACCCGCCGCUCAUCGACUUGACGACCAAGUCGAUCGAGAUUGCGGUGCUCCCGCCAGCCUCCGCUGCCUCCAGCCCGGUGGUGGUCAGGCUCGGCGCCAUUUCGCUCCGGUCUGCGGUCGAUGCCCAGCCGCUGCACGGCUCGUUCCGCUCGGUCAUCUCAUACAAGCUGGAUGUGAGCGCUCUAUGCGCUCUGCCGCUGAUGCCUUUGCCGGUGGAUGUGUCUGCUUCGGCCGCGCUACCGCUGCAUCACCAGCCGCUGCUGGCCGAUGUGUACGCUGUCUCACGGUGCGAGUGGCAGCCGGCCGCGGACGCGAUGGUGCUCUCGGUCUCUUUGGUCGAUCUUGAUUUGCGCGAGAAGUCGCUUGUCGCGCUUGAUGCGCUCAUUACCCACACGCUUGAGCCGGUGUCUCGCAAGUUGCUGCCCGCUCUGGGCUGGGAGCCAGCGCCAGCCCCGGCCGCUACGCUUGCCUGGGGUGAGAUGUUUCGCAGCGUUCCGGGCGCGCUCGAGCUCGUGUUGGAGGGAGCAAGCGCGGUGGGUGAGGACGAUCUCCGGCUCUGCCUGGGGCGGCUGUCGGCGGGCCUCAAGGUGCCACCACCGGGCUCGUCGGGCGCGCUAGCUCGGGCCAAGGGCGAGCUUGCACUCAACUCGCUUGUUCUCGAGCGGGCUGGCGCGGCGCUGCUUGACUGGGGCGGGGCGGGAGCGCAAGCACUUUGCAUCACGCUGCGCAUUCCGCUUGUGUCGUCGUCGAUGCUCGGUGCACCGCCUGUCCGGCUCGUCGCCGAGGCCACGGCGGUCCACGGCAGUUUUGACGUGGCGGACGUGGCUGCCGUCGCCGGCAUCGCAACACGGCUGGCGUCGAGCAUGGGUCGGCUCAGCGGCCUGGCCGGAAGCGAGCGUUCAGCGGCGACAACAGCCGGCCCACUUGCUGCCGAUGCGGCGCCUCUUCCGCGUGCCGAAGCCAAGCUCGUGCUCGGCAGGAUGAAGCUCGGAGUCGGGUGCGUGGAGCUCGUGAGCGAUGGCGGCUUUGCGCUCCUCCACCACGAGCUAGAAGCUGGGACUCUCCAUGCCGAAGCUCUUGUCCGUGACGUGGCGGUGGUGUGCAACGGUGAGCAUCUCAGUGCUCCGCUCGAGAUCAAUGCAAUUGCCGACGCGCCCGCCGCAGCCGACGCUGUCGCCCCGCUCAAGCUCGACGUCCAGCUCUCUGCUGUCGACGUGACAGUCAGCCGCGCACAGCUUGCGGUUGUUGCGGCACUUGCUGACGAGCUAGGCAUGGCCCUUGCGCAUGUGAUGGACAGAGAGAGUGCCGAGGCAGUGGAAAGCGAUGUUCAGCGCUGCGUCGCGGUCCGCGACUUGUCGCGCGAUGAGCUGCGUUCGGGCUCGUCGUGGUCCGCGGCGGUCAGCUCUGUUGUUGUGGCGCCCGACGUGGUGUCGACCGAGGCCGGCGAGUCGCAUUCGCCGAGCUCGAUUGGCGCCGAUGCACGAACCGCGCUGGCUGAGGCGGCCGGCCGGUACGACUCGAUCCUUGCGUGGAGCUAUGCUGGAGCGAGCCGAACGCUUGCUGCAGUCUCGCUCGGUGGGCGGAUGCGGGUGCGCGACGAUGCCGAGGCGCAAGUUCUGGAGCUCGAGUGUGAGCUGCAGUACUUUGCGUCGUCGGCGCGGGCGUACCAGGUGGCAGCGCGGUUUGCGCUCUCGCUCACCGAGCCGAACGUGAUUGAGGUCUUCCCGCACCUGGUUGACGGCCGGGUGGCGUCGCGCAAGUGGCGGAUCUGCGUCCUCACCUCGGACGCCCAUGUCGAGGCGGCGCGGAGCACGUUUCUGGGCAAGUGGUGGGCGGCGGAUGCGCAGCGAGCGACAGCGACACUUACCGGCCGCCUGCCGUGGGCGCUCUUUCUACGGCACACGCUUGUGGUUGACUCUGUGGCAGUCGACUCGUUGAGCCCAUGGCUCUCGCUGGUGGCGGGUACACCGUCGCUGCGUGUGGCGGUGACCGACGGCGAGCGGCGCGGUGCGGCGUGCGUGGCCGAGGCGAGCAAGGUGAGCCUGCGGGCGGCGGUGGCGUCGGCCGGCCCGAUCGAAGUGGUUGCCCGCGCCGGGGUUGGCCUCGCGGUUGCGUCGCCGCGGGAGGCCGCGCUGGUGCCUGUACUCUUGCGCACCGAGGUGCGGCUGGCCGGUGGGCUGGAGGCUGUACCGGACGCGGUGUGGAUGGCAAGGCGAAACCGGCCGCGGGUCGAGGGCCGCGGCGCGCGGCCAGUCCCAGUGCUCACUAGCAUGAGGGCCGAAGCAGUGCUGGAUGAGCCAGGCCCCGCGUUACGGGGCGGACUCACACUCUCGGUGCGCUCGCUCGAGCUUGCCCUCUCCCCAGUGGCAAUGGCAGCGCUAGUCCGGAUUGUGACGGCGUGGGACGCGCCGUACGCGAGGUACCUCGUUGCAAACCGGACACAACGGGUGCUUUGGGUCGGUCUUGACGACGGACAGCGGGCCAAGCUUGAGCCGGGCGGGCGCGCGGUGCCACUUGUGCCGCUGGUACCUGUGUCGAGCGCUGCGGCACGGGUCUGGGUGUGGACGUCACCGCUGGGGGCUGGAUCCGACUCUACCAGCUCGGCCGUGCCGAGCUUUGAGCUAACGGCUGCGAGCGAGGUCCAGAAGCUGGACGUGCUCCACGAGACGUGCUACGUGAAGAGCGCGAGUGCGGGCGCGGGCCAAGUCUCGGGGAUUGAGCUUGUGCUUUCGGGCUCGGUCGAGGUGUCCAACGCGACCAAGCAUGCUCUGGCGAUCGAGCCGGGCCCAGGCCUGGUCGGCUCGCCGCUCGAGCUUGCGCCGGGCGGCGAGGUGAGUUGGAUGAUUGCACGCGGAGCUGAAGCGCGGCUGGUGGUUGAUGGAGCAGACAUGGUGUGGCGGCGCGGAAGUACGGCGAGUGUGACCACGCUGCUGGGCGCGCGCACACGAUUGUGCUUGUCUGGAAGCGCGGACCGACUGCGAGUGGUUGUCUUGCCUGCGGUGGAGGUGUUCAACGACACGCCAGUGGUGCUGUGGGCGCGCGCGUCCGGGGCGCCGGUGGAGGCGCGGGUCGAGGUUCCACCGGGUGGCUCUGCGGUGCUGGGGCGUGACGCGGUGGAGGCCGGCGUGGUUGUAGCGCUCGGCGCGGUGGCGGACCUUGUCUUUGCGUGGUCGCGGCCGCCUGUGGUAGCGCCGGCGGAUGUCGGAGCGAGCGACUCGCGGGUUGCGCUCGACUAUCACUCGCUGAGCGGCGAGCGGGUGGCAAACCUCGAGCUGGAGGUGGUGCACGGACAGGCGGGCCAAAUCCGGUUUGGGCUCGAGGCCACCGUUGUCAACCACACGCACGUUGUACUUGGGGUCCGAGUCGGCGAUCGGGUGCUGGCGGCGCUGCCUGGCGAGUCGUUGCCGCUGUGCGGGGUCGGGCGGGGGCGGACGUCGCCGCAGGUGAUGCUAGGCGUGGUGCCGUCUGCCAUGGCUGCUGCACCGACGCGCGAGACCAGCCGCGAGGUCGGGGUAGGGGUCCCUGAGCGGGGCAUGUCCUGGUCGUCGGCGUUUUCGCUCGGCAAAGUGCUCGAGUCGAAGCACAAGUGCGUGGUGGUGAGCUUCCGGAUCGAGACUGCCGAGGCGAGUGAGAUCGGGCAGGUUGUGGCUGAGGCGAGCGCCGACGAGGGCGUGCUGCGGCUAGCGGUCCGACCACGGUACCAGGUGGUCAACACGCUCGAGGCUCCGGUGUGCUUGCGGAUUUGCGGGCGCGAGGCGGUGCAUGUGGUGGAGGGUUGCGGAGCUGGACAGCUGCUCACGUUUCCAAUGGACGCAGGUCUGAAAAGCGUGCGCGAUGCUGUGCCGCGGGUGUCUGUGGCGUCGCUGCCUGCGGGUGCAGGCUCUGUGGACGACCUUGUGUGGUCACCAUGGCUGCAUGUGGCUGCACCUGUGGCUGCACCGUCUGUUGCGCUGGUGGACGAUGAUGGGGCGCCUUGGGUGGUGGCUGUGGAGGGGCUGAGCAUGGCGCAGAGCGUGAGCAUGGUGCUUGCACGGCGCGCACCGCCGUUUGUCCUCCGGAACCUCUCGAGCGUGCCGCUACUGUAUCGGCAGGCGGCAAGUGACGAGCUGCGCGAAGUGGGUCCUGGUGGGGCGGCCGAGUACACUUGGGCCGACUGGGCGGCGUCGAACGAGGACGCAUUUCUCGUCGACGAGCGCGGCGGCGGUGGCAAGGCCAAGGCCGGCGCCUCUGCCGAGCCGUGGUGGAUUUCUCGACUGGCACGGAGUAGCGACGGAGCGACGCCACUGGCGCUGCAGGUCGGGGUCGGGCUGGCGAGUGGCGACGCGUCGUCGACGUGGUCGGAGCCGUUUGCGCUCGACGCGCCACCAGCGCGGGUGAUACUCGGCGGAGGUGGCGAGGUCUGUGUGAACCGGAGCGUGGAUGGAAUGACGCAAGUACUGGUCUUCAGCGAUCCGGGUGCCGAGAGCGGGCGUGAUCAAGCGGCUGCAGCAGUGGCUGGAAUGAUGCUCCGGCUGGACGCCGGGCUGCUUCGGCUUGGACUGUACAGCAUGGACGAGGGAAGCCAACGCGGUGGCGAGACUGGCCGGGAAGAGCCGCAGGAUGCGCGGGAUGGACUCAAGGUGAGCUGGCUGAGACCGGUGGCGCUAGCGGAGAUGCGCGGAGUGCGCGGUGCAGCCGAGGUGCGGACUCGGGCACAGCACUCGCAGCAGUGGGGCUUUGGGCUCGAGGUGGAGCGGUCGCAGGUCGACAGCUACGUGGCUGACUCGCCGUUUGACGUGGUGAUGGCACCCAAGGCGCAGCGGCGACGGGGCGGGAGCGCGCCACCGAGCCAGAGGCCCAAGUGGUUCCGCGGGCUGUGCGUGGUGACGCUUAGCGGCGGCGGGAUGUCAGUGCAGUGUGCCGAGGUGGGGCUUGCACCAACGAGUGUGUUUGUUGACGACGCACUGGUGAGCGGCCUCGGGAUGGCGCUGGCGGCGGUAGGCGCGCCUGUGGUUGCAGCGAGCCAGGCGAGCGGAGGGCGAGCAGAGAGUGUGCUGAACGGCAAGGGCGGAGUUGAGCCGGCGCUGUGUGCGAAGAUCGAGUCGACGGUACUUGGCGCGACGUACGUUCAGAUGGACGAGCUUGUUGUUUCACCACUAGAGUUUGAGGUAACGCUGCGGGUGUCUGUUGGCGUUGCACUGGGGCUGGAGGCGACGCCUGUGGCGGUGGGCGGGGCGAGGCUUGGGGCGCACUGCUGGCGGCCCGAGGUGCUGGGCGAGAUCCUGGCGGCGCGAUACAUUUCGGACGCGCUGCUGAUGACGCCGGCGCUGCUGGGCUCGCUGGAGCUGCUCGGCAAUCCCACCGGCCUUGUGCGCGAUGUCUCGUCUGGCCUCGCGGACCUGUUUCUCAUGCCGUACCACGGAUGGUCGUCGGGCCCGGUGGGCUUUGCGGCUGGACUGGGGUCUGGCGUGUCGUCGCUGCUGCGGCACACGGCAUCAGGCACGCUCGGCUCGCUCUCGUCGCUCUCGGGGGCAAUGGCGCGAAACCUGAACAAGCUCUCUGCAGCGCGGGCGCAGGCGCAGGCACUGGCAGCAGCACAGAGUCAGCAGCCGGCAGCCGCGGCGAGCACUAGCGCUGAGCCUGGUGGCGGCGAGAAUGCGGGAGGGCGGCUGUUCUCGGUCCUCUCCAGCGGCUUGCUCGGCGCAGUGGCCCGGCCGGUCGAGGGCGUGCUCGCCAUGGUCUCGCAGACCUCGCGCGGGCUGAUGCAGACGGUCGGCCUUGCGGAUGCGGUGACGCCGAUUCGCAUCCAGGAGGAGCUGGUGGCGGCCGGCCUGUGGCUCGGCCCGCAUCAGCGGGCGUACGAGGCGCUAGUGGCGCACAGCAGCGGGCAAGGCGUCGAGCUCGUUUGGGCCUCAUUUGGCAGCGGGGGCGAGGUGUGGAUCCUCUCCUGGGUCGAUCUGGCGACAACGGCCACCCUUCCGAGCGGAGCGCUCUCGGAGCGGCGCGGGCGCGCCGGCCAGUGGCUCAAGGAUGUGUGGCCAGAGCUGGGCCAGGGACUGCGGCGUCGACUCGCCAAGGGCGAUCUCUACGGCUGCGGGCUCCAGCUGUGGGUGGCAGAGCGCGAGUGCGCUGUCGAAGCCAUGCUUGUGUUGCGUCGGACGUGAGGAAAGAGAAAGGAAUGAUACUGACGAUGAUGUUCGCAGUGGUAGAGACUGCGGCGCUCACCACCAGAUGAAGUCUAUUGC